GUGCAUUUCGUAGAUAUCUUUUUAUAACUAUUAUUUUGCAUAAUAUAAAACGUUUUGUAUAUAAAAAUAAAAAAAAAUUUUGAACUCAUUAUUAUAAUUAUCAUGAGGAAAAUUGUAUUUUUACUUUCUGCUCUCGUUUUAUUUAGCGCUGUGAGUGCAAAUGAAACUUUAGCAACAACAUCUGAAGAAUCUCAAACUAAAAAAGAAGAAAAUGAAGCGACGCAUGAAGUGGAAUCUAAAGCAAUUUUUGAUCGCGCCAAUGAAGUACAAGAAAAAGCAAAGAGCGAAGUUUUAAGAUUAACCGAAAGUUAUAAAAAAGAUGGAGGAAAAAUAAAAAAUUCAACUAAAGAGUAUCAUGCUAAGCAAAAAAAAUGGGUUACAGAAAUGUCAAAAGCCUGGAUGAACACUGCAAAAGGAAUAGAUGUUCAAGAAUGUCAUAAAUAUGUGGAAAAUUAUGAAAAUGCUGUUGCUAAUGCAAUUGUAAAAGUUAAUGAAUGCGUCGAUUCAACAAUUGAAUCUGUUGAUAAUUUUAUUGAAAAUAUUGAUCGAAAAUGCAAAUUUAUUGACGAUAAUGUGUUAAUUGCUAUGUUUUCAUUAGAAAAAAAUUGUGAUAGUAAAGAAUGCAGAACGAAGGUUAAAGAAACGGCAUUUAAAAUAUUCAAGGAUACAAAUAGUGAAAUAAAUUCGGAAAUUCGAAUGUUUAAAUUAAAAUCAAUUUACUAUAGUUUAAAAUUAAAAUUCUGCCCUGCUAUUGAUGAUUUUAAAUUAUGGUUACAAGUACCUGGUUAUCCUGUUCAUAAAGUAAGAUUGUGCGUUCGUGCCAAGAUAAAAGAAGCAAAAAAACAAUGAGAAUUAAAAAAAAAUGUUUUUGCAAUUUUUUCAAAAAACUUUUAAAUUGUGUAAAUAAAUAAAAUAAAUAAAGAAAAAUAAUUUUUAAAAUUAUAA